UUUCUUAUCGAAAUGUUAAUUAACUAUGACCUAGCUAACUUUCAUCCAGAAUUCAUCCAUGCAUUAUGUCACGCAUAUUAAAAGUAUUUAAUCGCGUAGUGUUCCCAUUUGAUGAGUAUCUGUCAAAUGACAUACAUACAAAUUUACAUGUGUGUGUAAUUCAUACAUGUGCACGUACCUCUGUUUCUGUUUGGUAAAUCAUCUUGUGGUCUGGUCUUCUUAGAAUGGAAAAGUGGCAUUUGAUUUCUUUGGUGCUAUGCACCUUUGGAUUUUUUAAAGAGUUUCGUCCAUCGGAACCAUUUGUGACUGAAUAUCUCAUCGAUUUCAAGAAUUUUACAAAGGAAACGAUUGUGCAAGUGGCUUAUCCAAUAUCGACGUAUACGUAUUUUGGAACCCUGCCCAUCGUAUUUCUUGUUACUGAUUUUAUGCGGUACAAGGCGGUUAUCAUAAUUGAAGGAUUAGCCUUUGUAGGGACAUACAUUUUGCUACUUUUUGGAAAUGGAAUCCACAGUUUGCGGAUUCUGGAGAUCUUGUAUGGGAUUGCAAGUUCCACCGAGGUUGCCUAUUAUACUUACAUCUAUGCAAAGGUGGAUAAGGAAACCUACAAAAAAGUCACUUCUCACACUUACACGGCUUUAUUAGUCGGAAAUUUUAUUGCUGCCAUUGUGUCCCAACUUCUUGUUUCUGCUGAUUUGAUGGAUUAUGAACAACUUACUUAUUUGACCCUGGGUUCAGUAACCAUCGCUCUGAUAGUUGCAUGCUUUCUUCCGAGCGUAAAGCAAUCUGUGUACUUUCAUCGCAACACCGAUAACGACCAACCUUUGGAAGGUCCUCCGGACGGAGAUGAAGGAGGAAGUAAAGAAAACCUCACAUUGUCACUGGGUCAAAAAAUCAAAAGGGCGUAUGGUUAUCUUUGGAAGGACUGCAAGAAAGCGUAUUCUGAUGCAUACGUUCUAAAGUGGUCCAUCUGGUGGGCUAUUUCAUCUGCCUGCUACAUUCAGGUGACAAGCUAUGUCCAACCGCUUUAUGAAGAGAUCUACCCUUCAACGGAUGAAGAAAUUUAUAACGGGGGAGUGGAUGCUGUUCACACUUUCCUCAGUGCCGGCUUGGCUCUGGGAGUUGGUUAUGUUUCACUCCCUUGGCGGAAAUGGGGGGAACCAUUCCUUUGUCUGAUGUCUUUUAUCCAAGGAGCUGCUCUGAUUGUCAUGUCGCAAACGCACGAAAUUUUUGUGGCGUAUGCUUGCUACAUUGUGUUUAGAACGUUCUAUCAAGUGAUGAUUACAGUUGCGAGUGCGGAAGUAGCUCAAGGAAUCAGCCAAGAUAGUUACGGCCUAAUUUUUGGAAUGAAUCGAUUUAUCGCCCUCACCAUUCAGACCAUUCUCACAUUCGCUGUGGCUGACGAAAACGGAUUUUCACUUAAUGAAAGGGAUCAAUUUGUUGUCUAUGGAACCUACUUUGGUUUAUUGGGAAUAUUAUUUGCCGUGGUCACUUUACUAACUUUAUGUAAAUGCACUCGACGCGAAGAAAGAAAUGCCUGAAAAUAAAUAAUUGUAUGAGGGUUUAAAGGCCCUGAGACUUGAAUAAUUUUGCUGGUUAAAAUAAAUGUGCAUAUGAUGAAUAGUGAUUA